AUGCAAAUGUACAGUUACCCACAAAUCCUGGUCAGCAACCCACAAUUCCUGGUCGGUUCUCCACAGUCCCUGGAUGGUGACCCACAAUUCCUAGUUAAUUACCCACAAUUCCUGGACAGUGACCCACAAUUCCUGGUCAGUGACCCACAAUUCUUGGUCGGUUCUCCACAGUUCCUGGACAGUGAUCCACAAUUCCUAGUCAAAUACCCACAAUUCCUGAACAGUGACCCACAAUUUUUGGUCGGUUCUCCACAGUUCCUGGACAGUGACCCAAAAUUCCUAGUCAAAUACCCACAAUUCCUGGACAGUGACCCACAAUUCUUGGUUGGUUCUCCACAGUUCCUGAACAGUGACCCACAAUUCCUAGUCAAAUACCCACAAUUCCUGGUCAAUUACCCACAAGUCUUGAUUCUCCACAGUGCCCGGACAGUGACCCACAAUUCCUAGUCAAAUACCCACAAUUCCUGGUCGGUUCUCCACAGUUUCUGGUCAGUUACCCACAAUUCCUAGUCAAUUACCCACAAUUCCUAGACAGUGACCCACAAUUCCUGGACAGUGACCCACAAUUCCUAGUCAAUUACCCACAAUUCUUGGUCGGUUCUCCACAGUUCUUGGAGAGUGACCCACAAUUCCUAGUCAAUUACCCACAAUUCCUAGUCAAUUACCCACAAUUCCUGGUCAGUAGCCCACAAUUCCCAGUAAGUUACCCACAAUUCUUGGUCAGUUACCCACAAUUCUUAAACGGUUCUCCACAAUUCCUGCUCAGUUACCCAGAAUUCCUGUCCAGUUACCCAGAAUUCCUGGUAUGA